AUGGAUACAUCAACUCCCUCCAAUUUGAUGGACAAACACCAGAAGAUCAUCUCCGAGAUCCUCAGGUCCUACCGCGAUUUGAUAAAUUGCGUCACUGUAAAUGGAAUGGACAAGGAAAAGCCAGGCGACUACGAGGCUCAAGCGAAUAAGCUUAACUUCAGAGACCCCGAUGUCAUGGCAGCAGCUGGCUUAAGGACACAAAGAAAGUUUGACGAACUGUACGAGAGCAUCAAGGAACUUCUUGCUCUGACUCGUACAAUCAAAGAGCUCUGGGUGUUUGGACCUGUUGACAGAGCUGAUGAACAUCGCAAACAGAAGGAGGCGCAAAUUGACCGCGACGUUGCGGAAAUCACUACUCUUUUCAACAAGAUUGACGCGAAUGCCAUGCGAGACCUUGCGGAGAAGAACGGUGGCACGUGGGAACCUCAAGGAGAAGCUGCGUUGACAGCACCAGCAGCGCAAGCCCCGACUGGAAAUUAG